AAACGUGUUCAAAUUGAAUAUGACCGCUUUUCACAUUCACAAAAAGCAUAUUUUAUUAAGUGAGAUAUUUUUAGCAUUCAACCGUGAACGCUGAGUUGCUUUCAUUGAUUAACAUUGCUAACAGUCAUCUUCAUUUUAUUGCUUUGUUCGAGAAUUCUACUGCAGGAGUAAUGAAAUAACAAUUGUUUAACUUGGUAUGUACUUUAGAAACGAUGUUAUCGGCUGAUGUUGAAAAUAGUGAAGUAGCAAUAGCCGAUAGAGACUCAAAUGAAGUCGGUGUGAAAACAUCCUCAUCUGAAUGCGUGUCGGAAUGCGAUAGUGGAGUGAAUGUGAAUCUGAACCAAUCGACUUGUUCGGCAACCGAAACAGUUGCUUCGAACAGAGAUAAAGAAGACAGCAGCGGUAAACAAGAGGACUCAAUGGCAACUAGUUCCCCCUGCUCUGAACUAGAAGCAGACGAAUUGGAAAACGAAGCGGCUGACGUUCCUGAAAAAGAAAUACCCACUGAAGCGUAUAGAAACGAGUUCGAACACACUGAUGAUUGCAAAAAACGAGAGGAUUCCUUGAGCAUUGAAGAAACAAAAAUGGAUAAAUCUUCCAACUCAGAAAUAAGUGUCGAAGAAGCUUCGAGCAAUUCAGUUGAAGCUGCAAAUGACGAUACUCCAGUUGAAGAUCCCUUUUCAGGUUUGGGUUUACCGCCUGGUUGGAGACGAAUGACGGGCGACACUGGAGUUUACUACUGGCACGUGCAAUCUGGAGAAAUAUCCAGACAUAUUCCCGAGUUCCACCAUUCCAUGUCACAACCGGAGAAGAACAACCGUCUAUCGGCUGUUGGCCUCUCUCCAGAAGCUAUUGAAUCCUUAAACAUACCAGAGUCACACAGCGAAGGAAUGCUCAACGUCGACGAGGAAAGCAUCUCUCUAAGUCACUCUUCCAGCCAAGAGCUUUCGAAGCUUGUGGCGUCAAUAGAAAUGAACCAAAGAAAUGAUAUGCAAAGUCUAGUAUUUCCGGUUUUUGGGCUGGGAAGUUGUACUCUGGACCGCGAGGACUUGAAACAAGAUAGCUCAGUUGCAAUAAGUUCUGCUAUCAGGUAUAUCUGCCAAGAUAGCGACGAAGGUCAAGACGAUAAAUUUUCAGGCCGGGAUUUUCUCCUGGUUCUCGAAAACGAGGCGCUACAAGUUUGCGAUUACUUGGACAACUGCGUUUUACUAUCGAUUCCAGUAUCUCAGAUUCGAUUGUGGGGAGUAGGGAAAGAUUCUGGCCACGAUUUCGCAUUUGUAUCCAAAGACAGAAGAGCUGGCUUACAUUACUGUUAUGCCUUCCGAAGCGACAGAUCAGCUAAGGCAAUUUCUGCCGCGCUGCAGAAACUCUGUGACAAAAUAGUUGCAGAAAGGGCUGCUAAAAGACGAUCGCUACCUGCAAACCCUUUUUUGCAGCCUUCUUUUGAAAACGCCUUCUGGAAUGACAACGAACGCGCGCCGGCGAGUAGCAUCACAGAGCCAGCAAUAACUAGUCAAGCUACACCACUGGACAAACUGUCGCAAAAGAUGCAACAUAAUUUAGAGGAAUGCGAGCGAUUCAAUGUAUAUUACAUCGGAUCAAUGCCGGCCGAUAAGCCUAGCGGAAUCGGUUCAAUAAAUGAAGCAAUCGCUGAUUUGCGUGAUAUCGGUGAGGAGGAUUAUACCGCUGCUGUUGUCCAUGUUUCUCCCUCAAGUAUUUUGAUCACAAACGAGGAGAAUGGCGAGCUCAUAACUGAGAGUCGAGUUCGCUAUCUCUCUUUUCUGGGAAUUGGGAAAGAUGCCUGUAAAUUUGGCUACAUUGUGAGCACUUGUCGCAACCAGUUCAUAUGCCACGUACUGCAUUGUCCGGACUCGGCUGGACCCCUGGCUAAAUCUGUCGAAUCUGCUUGCAAGGUCCGAUAUCAGAAAGUGCUUGAAGCAAAGAAGCGUCAGCUACUCGCGGCUCCUAAACAUACUAGACAGCCAACCAUUCCUGGCAUGAUGAGUGCUAUCUCCAAGACAAUCCAAGAAGCAGUCUCUACUUCGAGACAAUCAACAAUAACAGCUGAAGAUGCCGAUGAUGGUCCUCCGAGGACCAAAGAUACCAUUGCCGAUGAUAGUAGAAAGGUCCAAGAUUCAAACAACGACGCACAGCAAGCGCAGCAGAUAGGUCAAGGGUCAUUGAGAAAUAGUUUUUCGUCCCUUUUCGGACGCCUGUCGCGAUACACAUCUUCAGCUCGGACGCCGAGGGGUUCAGGAGGAGUGAAACAGAGGCCUAAAAGCCAGCUUAUAACCUCGACUAUUGCCGGAUCUUUUGAGUAUUCCGAUGAUUGAGCACAUCUCUUCAAUCGCAGAUAUAAUUUUAUUAUUAUAAGUGCAAAUGUAAUUUGUAAAAUAUUUAUGCUUUGAAUUAAUAGAAUAAUUUAUUAUCUCUGUUUAGAGCUAUUCAUCUGAAUAUAGAAGUCCUAUUUAAUUGAAUAGUAAGCUAUAGGUUUCCAUUCCAUUGGAUGACGUUUGCUUCUCAAAUAACUACUU